CAAAAGUUAAAUCUGAAUCAGUUUCAGCACGACUACGAGCGAGCUCAGAUAAUUCUGUCUCUUAAAUCAUAUAUAAAUCUUUCAUAUAACAAAAUGACGAUUAAAUGGAAAAUCUUUAUUUUGAGUGCAUUAUUAUUACAAGAUUUUAAUCAAGGCUUUAAAUUAAUUGAAGAUCCAGAUUGCUAUGGAAUUGACAAUGAAAUACUUUCGAUUGAAGAAAAUUGUCAGUGGAAAAAUUUAAGUAAAUAUAGACAUUUUUAUGCGAUUCUACUGCUGGAUGAAAAUCCAAAAUUUGCUGUAGAACUGCAGGAGUUGUAUAACAUUGUGAGUUCGGCGCUUGCGGAAAGGGACAUGCUUGAAAAAGAGAGACUGAAAAAGUAUUCACAAUGGUUGAUCGAAAAAACUAAAGACCUGAAGAUAUAUCUGGAGUCAAGAGGUUUAAAUGAUAUAUAAAUAGUUUCAGCUUUAAGCCUUGAUAAAAAUAAUAUUAAAAUAAUAAUAUUUAAUAUUGAAUUAUACUACAUACUUAGUUAUUAACUAUUGGAUUAGUAACGUUUUAGUUAGUUUUUAGUGUUAUGAGUUAUAUACUUUAAUCAUAAAUUAGAAAAAUCAAUUUAAACUGUUUAAUGAAUUCAAGCAUUCUUA